CAUAAAAAAGUACUUACUUUUGGCCAUAAAAAUAUAAUUUUGCAUCGACCUUGACAUCUGAAUACGUUACACGUUAUAGAAAUACAUCUAUUUUUUUGAUGCCAUUACUGGGCCGGAAACCCGGUAGGUAGUGUGAGCUAUGUAGAUAUAUGAAUGUGGAUACAGUUUAUAGUCCAUUUAAGUCAGGCCCACAUCCGGCCUAGAUGCGUGUCUGCAAGAGUCUACCCCUCAACGUCUUGAAAGAGAAGCAGGGAACGUUGGGGGGGCCCCACCAAUACUACCUCUCAACCGUCUUCCAUCGGUACUAUUCUCUUGACUAAACGCCGUUGAAUUCAUUCUCUACAGCCACCCACCGAUAUGCUUCUUCCUCGUCUUUUUUUCAUUCCCAUAUCUUCUUGAUACCAUGCCCUCACGUCAUCUCCUUUCGCCGCCGCCGCCGCCGCCGCCGCAUGAUAUCCACAGUAACACUCGCCGCUUCGUUCCUCUGCUCGCCGGAGGAAUUGCCGCCGUCGCUUUCUCUCUCGUCAUUCUCAAUCUCUGCGUCCGCAGACUUUCGCGCAAACGGGCAGUCCUUUCGCCUUCGUAUGCGGCCGAGUCCAAGCCGCCCCACCGGUUCUCGUACGCUGCCCUCCGCCGCGCCACAGCGAACUUCGACCCGUCCCUCCGACUCGGCCAGGGCGGGUUCGGGUCGGUUUACAGAGGCAGUCUGAGAGUCUCCGGGUUCAGGCCCGAUGUUCCCGUCGCCGUCAAGGUCAUGGAUUCGGGCUCUCUGCAAGGCGAGCGUGAGUUCCAGAACGAGCUUUUCUUCGCCGGGAAACUCGACUCCGACCGCAUCGUCCCCAUCAUCGGCUUCUUCUCCGAGCAGCGGUGCCACCGGAUGCUUCUGGUCUACGAUCUAAUGCCCAAUGGAAGCUUGCAAGACUGCCUAUUGCACCGUAAGUGUGGCGAAUUAAAGAUUUGGAAAUUUAGGUUUUCAAUUGCACUCGACAUAGCCAGAGGGCUCGAGUAUUUGCAUCAUUCUUGUGACCCUUCUGUGAUUCACGGCGACAUUAAGCCCAGCAAUAUCUUGUUAGAUUCCAAUUUCAAUGCCAAAAUUGGGGAUUUCGGUCUGGCUAGGUUAAAACCCCAAGACCAUCUUGAAAUUGAGGUGAAAAAGGAGGGAUCUUUAGGGAAUUUCGCAGACGACGUUGACGAAACCGAGAGCGUGACCACCACAACCAACGGCUUUGAGGAUUUGCCCUUAGAGGCCCCCGUGGUUUCCCCUAGGACGCUGGCUGCCAUGGCAUCGCCGUCCGAAGGGUCUUUUGGUAAUCUUGAUGGGCUUAGCUUGGAUAGCGGGAGAGAGACCGGUGACAAGAAGGGCAGGGUGAAGAAGGGCGUUUCAAGAAACGACUGGUGGUGGAAGCAAGAUUCCGGCAGGGUGGAAUCCGGGGGGCCUGUCAAGGAUUAUGUAAUGGAAUGGAUUGGAAGCGAGAUCCAAAAGGAGAGACCCAGUAGCAGCGAGCUGGUAGACACGCCUUCAUCACAUGCCAAACCAGAAACAAAGAAGACGAAGAAGAAGAAGAAGAAACACGGGAAGCGUUUAGAUUGGUGGAUAUCCAUGGACGAGGAUGGUGAUAAGAAAGGGGCAAAAGCAGGGAAAAGGAGACCGGCUAGAGAAUGGUGGAAGGAAGAGUACUGUGAAGAACUUCAGAGGAAGAAGAAGAAGAAGAUGAAGAAACAAGGUGGUGGUGACUUGCAAUCUAGCAGGAGGAGGAACAGCAUGGAUUGGUGGUUGGAUGGGAUCAGCGGCGAGCUGUGGAAGGCCCGGAGAAACAGCUGCGACUCUGCCGCCAGCGGGGAGAUCCCCAAGAGCGGCGGCAUCAGCAGCACGCCGAGCAUGAGAGGGACCGUGUGCUACGCCGCGCCGGAGUACGGCACCUGCGGGGACCACCUCUCGGAGAAAUGCGACGUGUACAGCUACGGGGUCUUGCUGCUGGUUCUCAUCGCCGGGCGCAGACCGCUUCAGGUGACCGGCUCGCCCAUGUCCGAAUUCCAGCGCGCCAACCUCCUCUCGUGGGCCCGGCACCUCGCCCGCGCCGGAAAGCUUCUGGAUCUGGUCGACCCGUCGAUGGACGAGGAGUCGUUGAACAGAGAAGAGGCUUUGAUGUGCAUCAAGCUGGCCUUGCUCUGCCUCCAAAAAUCUCCGGCGCGCCGGCCGUCUAUGAAGGAGGUGGCGGGAGUGCUUUCCGGCGACUUGGUCCCGCCGGAGUUGCCGGCGGAACUUUCCCCGUCGCGUGCCGCCGCACGGUUUUCGUUCAAGAAAGUCCGGUGAGUCUUUUUUUCCCCAGGUCCGGAUCCCAAGUUUUCUGAGGCAAUAGAACAACAGAUUUGUGGAUUGUUUAUGUAAAGAACAGAACAAAUUUGAGAUGGAAAAAGAAAUGAAUUUAACUUACUGAU